AUUUGUGCUCGCAGCGUAGGUGUUUCAGCUGCGCCCGCUGGGUGAGGGUUCGUCGGAGGAGCCUGAGGGGGAAACUAGCUUAAAGCCGGGCGACAUGGACGUUCUGAAGUCGGAGAUCCUCCGGAAGCGGCAGCUGGUGGAGGACCGGAACCUCUUGGUGGAAAAUAAAAAAUAUUUCAAGCGUAGUGAACUUGCAAAAAAAGAAGAGGAAGCAUAUUUUGAAAGAUGUGGCUAUAAGCCUAUAAGUGAGAAGCCAUCUGGAGAGAUACAGCCAAAAGAGGAGGACCAGAAACCAUCAACUUCAUCAAAUCCAGUAUUAGAACUUGAACUGGCAGAGGAAAAGUUACCCAUGACUCUUUCUAGGCAAGAGGUUAUCAGGAGGCUGAGAGAAAGAGGAGAACCAAUCAGACUGUUUGGAGAAACUGAUUAUGAUGCUUUUCAACGUUUAAGAAAAAUAGAGAUCCUCACACCAGAAGUUAACAAGGGAUUGAGAAAUGAUCUGAAAGCAGCGUUGGAUAAGAUUGAUCAGCAAUACCUCAAUGAACUUGUGGGUGGUCAGGAACCUGGAGAGGAGGACACACAGAAUGAUUUGAAAGUUCAUGAAGAAAACACCACAAUAGAAGAGUUAGAGGCUUUGGGAGAAUCUUUAGGAAAAGGUGAUGAUCAUAAAGACAUGGACAUCAUUACCAAAUUCCUUAAGUUCCUUCUUGGUGUUUGGGCUAAAGAACUGAAUGCCAGAGAAGACUACGUGAAGCGCAGUGUGCAGGGUAAACUGAACAGUGCUACACAGAAACAGACCGAGUCUUAUCUCAGACCCCUUUUCAGAAAGUUACGGAAAAGGAAUCUUCCUGCUGAUAUUAAAGAAUCCAUAACAGAUAUUAUUAAAUUCAUGUUGCAGAGAGAAUAUGUGAAGGCUAAUGAUGCUUAUCUUCAGAUGGCCAUUGGAAAUGCCCCUUGGCCCAUUGGUGUCACUAUGGUUGGUAUUCAUGCCAGAACUGGUAGGGAAAAGAUUUUCUCCAAGCAUGUUGCACAUGUUUUAAAUGAUGAAACACAGAGGAAGUAUAUUCAGGAUGUGUCCCCCCAAGUGAGGGAAACAAACAAAAGAGCUGUGGGAAGUGAGAUCCAGCCCUGGAGCAGGGAAAAGGAGCUCCCAGGUUGGAGGAGAAGGGAUGCUCUCAGAUGGCAGCAGUAUACAAGGAGGUCCGGAAUCCAGCUGGCCUGGAUCGGCACAGGCAGGCAGAGGGCUCCAGGAAGAAAAAAACGGGGAAACAGACCCAGUACCAGUGUGUUUGGUCACACUGAGAGUUGUCUCACUGUUGGAGAGCGAAUGGUGACAUCUGCAUGGAAGAGCAAAAAGAUGGGGAAGCACACCUGUGCAAAGAGAGGUUGGCGUCAUAACACUGUGUGGUUCUGUUUGAAGAGUUUCUGUGUGGACAUCAUAAGGGAUUGAAGAGGUUAAUGACCAUUUGCCAGAAGCACUUUCCUACAGAUCCCUCAAAAUGCGUGGAGUACAAUGCACUCUGAGACCUGUGCAUGGUGUGUGGAUACAGGGAGAAACUCCAGGGAGCACGGUGCAGACUCCUGGAACUUCCAGCAGGAACCAGGGAAGAAGACAAAUGGAUUUUCUAGACCCUGGCUUCUACCCAAUGCAGCUCUUGGUUUUAGGAAGUGUCUUGGCGUUCAUGUCACACCUGACUGCAGACUGACUUCUGUGUGGCUGAUGUAUUAAAUAGCUGAAAAACUAAGUUCAGAAAGACUCUCCCUAGUUUAAAUGUGCAGACAGCGGUCACAGAAGGGGUUUAAAAUGACUCUUUCCCUCAAGACCUGGGAGUUGCAGUUUGAUGAUUGAAAGAUCAUUUGAGGGUGGAUUUCAUUGUUUCUGUAAAAUAUGGUGCUUUUCCCACUGUCCUAUAUGUCAUAUUUUCAGAAAGUAUUUUUAUGUCUCCACAGAAAUAUGGAACCAUUUAGCAAAACUUUAUAGUUAAAUAUUGCUGAACGUUUGCCAUCCUGAUAGAGAAUUCGAAUGUAAAUGGUACAGUUGACUCAAAUGUUAUUUUUCUUGCAUUACAAAACUUGCUUUUAUUGUCUAAGGAGUAGAAAGUUUUGUCUCUGUUAUCUCUUGGGACAGAGGACUGACAGGAAAUAAGAGUCUGAGAAACAAAGACGGUAUGUUAUAGCAACAGAAGUUCAAAUUCAAUAGUCUCAGCACAUGCAGGUCCAGGGGGGGAAGUGGGGUGUCAUGCCCACCAAGAAUGGGGGCAUUGUGAUGCUGCUGGUCCUUCCUGCACUGGGACUGCCUGCAAGUUCCGUCCUUGUCAGACCUGCGGGGGACCGCUGUUCCCAGCUCCCUCCCUCCAGGCAGAAGAGAGGUGCCGUCACUCUCAUCACUGCCUGACACAGUAGGCCCUGGGUCUGAUUUCCACAAAGCCUGAUUUCCAAAAUUCCUUCUGAAUUUUGUGUGUUACACCCUGGGAAUUGUGAUUGGUCACUGUGCUUUAGGAGCCGAGAGGACUCGGUUGGUAGAGGGAAGUGGGUAGACACAGUGUUUGUCACCUGUCCACGUACCAGGGGCAGCACCGGAUGGUGGUGAGAGCGGGGCUCUGUCUGAAGUCAGGACCUCCAGCCUCAAACGGCAGCUCUCCACCUCCUGACCAUAUGACCAUGGCUAACUUAAUCUUUCUGAGCCUCAGUUUCUUUGUCCGCAAAUAGUAGGCAGUCACAGCAGUCCGUACCUGCCAGUGUCAUUGUUGUGUUUAAGUAAAACUGCCUGGUAUGUAAGAGCUCAGUGGCUAUGGGUUGCCAUGUCCUUGUAUCAGAAUGUCGCUGAAAUAGCUGUGAGGAGCCUUGUGGUCAGGGGCAGUGUGUGCUCACGGAAUGAUGACAGUAGUGAUGGUGACCACAGCAACGGUAAUAGUGAGACACUCACUGAGCGUUUACUACAUGCGGGUCCUACGAGGCUCCCACUUUCUAAGUUUACGAGGGUGGAGGAUGUGGGAGCUGAGUCAGCUGAUGAGGCAGGUGAGUGUAGAUUCACAGUCCCCUAUUCUGGCCCUUUUUGGGGGGAGGCAUGAAAGCUGGUCUUGGCCCUUUGUGGUCUGUGCCCAUGCCUGACUUUUUGCUGGAUAUUUGCAUGGGCAGUGGCUGAGGCCCCCUGUCCUAAAUUGAGCCAGGUUCCUCAUCCCCCAACCCUCCCUACUUCUUACUCUGGAAACUGUGUCUUAGACUUUUCGAGGCUGAGAUAACAAUCUAGAUCAGUGAUUUACUUGCGUGCUGCAAGAAUUUUUAAAACGUGUAGUACCUGAGUAUUUAGGCAGGGGUCAUGACCUCGUUUCCCUUAGGUUGUCGUAUUUAAAAAUGACAACAGCCAACAAAGUAGCCAUCUGGUGCAAAUGAAUCAAAAUAAUGAAUGAAGCCAAAUAAUACCUAUGGCUUUUUGGUUUUUAUCAGAUUAGCAAAAGACACAUUUUAUGGUGUGCUGCAGAAUUUUAGUAAUUUAUAUGUGCCAUGAGAUGAAAAAGGUUGAAAAUUACUGAUCUGGACCUUUUGCUACAUAGUCUUAUUGCACAGGACUCGUUUAUACGUCCUGCUGACUGACAGCUGCCCACAUGAUGUCUGUGUACUCACCAGGCCACAGCAUGGCAGUCGGUCAUUUUCACACUGCCUCCCUCCUGUUUGCCGUUAGUUACUGUGCCACCUAGAGAAGAAACAGCAUCAUGUGACAGCAGUGCCUUCUAAAAUUGAUCAGUAUGGAUAGAUAGUUUAAAAAAUACAUGCAGCCGUGGCAGGUGUGGCUGAGUGGAUUGAGUGGCAGCUUGUGAACCCAAAGGUCGCCGGUUCAAUUCCCUGUCAGCACAUGCCUUGGUUGUGGACCAGGUCCC